AUGCAGCAACUUGCCCAGUACUGGAAUGAAUGUUUGAAAAUUGCUGCAGAUGAAAAAUCGGAAGCAAACGAAGAAAUUGAGCGGCUUCAGAUCGAGAUGAGAGGUCAUUCCCGAAAACUCGAAGAGGCGCAGCUUCUCCUAAGUCAAAAAGAGGUGCAGGUAAAUGAGCUCGAGUCUCAAAAUGCAGAACUAAAAGAGCACGACAACGGCACUACCAGUCAAAAUUCCAAGUUGACUGAGGAAGUAGAUGAGCUACGCAAAGAGCUAUCAAAUUCCAACACUAAGAUCUCUGAUCUGGGAGAAAAGUGCAAAACAUUCAAGAAAAAAAUCAAUGAAGUGUUAACAGAGCAACAGACUUUAUAUGGACAAGUUGAAUCUUCUUUUCAUGCGGCUGUCACAGAACUUCGUCAGGAAAAGGCCAAGCGUGAAACUGAUGUCAAAGAAAUUGACAGCGCUCUCGAUCUCUGUGAGAAAAAAAGGGAGCAGAUGAGGAGAGAAUUCGACGAUAUACAUGCUCGAGAUCAAAAUGAAAUUCACCAAAGCAAACAAACGAUUUCACUCCUCACGAAUGAGAUUAGAGUCCAGCAUGAAGAGGCCAGGGCACGAGAGAAGGAUUUGGGUGAGAACCUGCGAAGACAAAGCGAUAUGGAGUAUCAAAAUGGGCAGGAAAAGUUGCAACAUGUCGAAUCUAAAGUCGACCUCAUCCUUGACGCUUGCAGACAGCGCCUUCAGAAUGAGAGCGAUAACAGUGCACCAAUUGCUUCUAUCUCAGACAAGAUCGACCUCGUCGUAGAUGUCAUCGGAUCUACACCUAGCCAAAGUCAGCAAAAACUGUUCGAGACCAUGAGAUCGGCAAUCGAACCAAUUGCACAAGAGCUUGAAAGCCGAAUUGUGUCCCAAAUAUCUUCGAGAAUGCAUGGAGAGUUUUUCAAGCAUGAUGAGCUUGAGAAAACUAUUUCCAAGUUUGCACAAGCCUUUCAAGACGAGCUCGCCAACAUUAAACAAGUCAUAUCUUGGCAGCUUGAAGCGAGAAGGAUUGAGCAACCAUCCAACACAGACCAUUUGCACGAUAGAAUUGUUGAAUCCCUCAAAGAAAUGAGAGAUGGAAUAAAUUGCACCAAGGAGUUGUGCGAGGGUACACGGCACGUUCAACAUGAACUAAACAAGAUCGUGGGUAAUGCUUUGGUAUCUACCACUGAAGCAGAGAGAGAUUGCCUUACGAGAAAGAUCGAAGAGAGAGAUUCAAAAAUAAACGAUCUCUGGCACCAACUAGUUUCUCUCAAAGACGAAUAUUCUGCCAGAUUGGAAGUUGUUAGCGCCAGGAAGGCUACACAGGAACAGACGAUUAUCACGCAACUAUUUACGGAAAAUCUACAUCACAUCGGACAAAGCUUCCAGCAAGAAUUCGAAAGAGAGAGACAAGAAUUUUCUGAAAAGAUGAGUCAUAAUGAAGAGGCAAACGAAAAUCUUCGAGCACAAAUACAAGAAGCAAUCAGCAAGAUUAUUGAGAUGAAAGUGCCAGGAUCUCCAGAUGCAGAGAAGUUAGAGGAACAGUUACAGGGGGAAAGGCAUUCCGUUGCCUCGCUGACUCGCAAGAUUGGGAAUUUAGAGCAGGAAAUUGAAAGUACUGAAAUGCUUCGGGGGCAAUGGAACCAGGGUCUCAAAUCGGUCAAUACCUUGAGAGCCAAGCUCGAGGCGGUUGCCCAGCGUCUUCCAAAAGUCGAGGCAUUAGCCACAAAACUGAACGGCAUCACGCGCUUGAACGAAGUCAUAAACUCAACUGCGAAAUUUUUCGAUGCUGAAAAGCAAUGGGUCAAAACAGAGCUGUCUGGAAGAAGCCAAGUUGGAGAAUCGAAUCCUGACCAUCAACUUGGCUCUAAAAAGAUCAAGAUGCAUCACGCCGGAAAGUGCUGGUUUACAGUCCGACUGGUGACUCUGACUCUCCGUCACCCCCUCCAUCGAUUGGCCAAGAACAAAAGCGCCGGCGAGAGGCUGUAA